CAACCCUAUCUAAUCCAAGGAGGUAACCUGACCGGGUGCAGGGCUCGACAGUUGAAAUUUUAUAGGCUCCAGUCAUCGUCCUUCCUUGCCGUCCUCCUUUUCACACCCGAUAAAAAAAAUAAACAAACAUUUGGAGAGAAGAAGAGAUCCGAAAGAGAGAGCGAGAGAUGGAGAGAUCUCAGAUUUCGGUAUUGUUCUUCGGAGCCCUAACCCUAGCUUUCUUGUUUGUCUCCACUUUCGCCGACGACGAUGUCUUCGUGCUCACCGAGACCAACUUCGAGAAGGAGGUCGGCCAAGAUAGCGGUGCCCUCGUCGAGUUCUACGCCCCUUGGUGUGGGCAUUGUAAGAAGCUUGCCCCUGAGUAUGAAAAGCUUGGUUCAAGUUUUAAAAAGGCUAAGUCCAUUUUGAUCGGAAAGGUGGACUGUGAUGAGCACAAGAGCCUAUGUAGCAAAUAUGGGGUUUCAGGAUACCCAACAAUCCAAUGGUUUGCAAAAGGCUCCUUGGAACCAAAAAAGUAUGAAGGCCCACGGACUGCAGAAGCGCUUGCUGAAUUUGUAAAUAACGAAGGAGGGACCAAUGUGAAGGUAGCAACUCUUCCUUCCAGUGUCAUAGUGCUGACACCAGAUAACUUCGACCAGGUUGUUCUUGAUGAAACUAAGGAUGUCCUUGUGGAGUUUUAUGCACCAUGGUGCGGUCACUGCAAAAACCUUGCUCCUACAUAUGAGAAGGUAGCUACUGCAUACAAGUUGGAAGAGGAUGUGGUAAUUGCUAACAUUGAUGCGGACAAAUACAGAGAUUUGGCUGAAAAAUAUGGAGUUAGUGGUUUUCCUACACUUAAGUUUUUCCCAAAGGGCAACAAAGCUGGUGAAGACUAUGAUGGUGGCCGGGACUUGGAUGACUUUGUUAAGUUCAUCAAUGAGAAGUGUGGCACAAACCGUGAUGCGAAAGGAAAACUGACUUCCCAGGCUGGUAUUGUUGUGAGCUUAGAUGCUUUGGUGAAGGAAUUUGUGAGUGCCGGUAGUGAUGAGCAGAAAGCAAUCCUGUCUCGGAUGGAAGAGGAGGUUGAGAAACUCAAGGGUUCAUCUGCGAGGUUCGGUAAGACCUAUCUGAAGGCUGCAAAAAGCUGCAUUGAAAAAGGUUCUGACUAUGCCAAAAAUGAAAUCGAGCGGCUCCAACGCAUGCUGGAAAAGUCGAUCAGCCCGUCCAAGGCAGAUGAGUUCAUCAUUAAGAAGAACAUCCUAUCAACUUUUGCCGCUUAGGGCCGUGCAGACUUCUUUUAUGAUUUAACGUUUUACAGAAACAUUUUGAGGUUCAUAUUAUUGUAACCAAGUGAGUCAUAAUCGAUCAGCCCAUCCAAGGCAGAUGAAUUCAUCCACUAAGAAGAACAUUCUAUCAACUUAGGGACAUGCGGGCUUCUUUUACGAUUUAAUGCUUUAGAGAAACAUUUUGAGGUUGAUAUUACUUUAACCAAGUGAGUUCUGUGUAACAGGGCCUCAUGUUGGACAUUAAAGUCUGCAUAAUCAUGGGCAAUUACCAAUGAUCUCGAUUACAUUGUUUUUAAGUGAUUUAAUCAUAAUUUACAGAGAUUGGCUUACCUUAAA